AUGAAUGACUCACCCGUUGGACUUGUCGGACUUCGACGACUCCCACGAGGUGAAGUGCAGGGAGCUUCCACCACUUUUCUGCCCAAGAACGCAGCUUCCCCCACUUCCCGUCCAACGGCACUUAUUAUGUCAGAUGACGACGAAGACUACUCACUUGACGAUGGAUCAUCCGGUGAUGACUAUGUAGCCGUGCCCAAAGCUACGACACCCCGUCGGCCAGCUUCCAGUAAAGUUAGCAGUGCUGCUAAAUCCAAGCAAGAUACGCUUCCCUUCACUGUAGAGGAACCAUUGCACUACAACAUCGGGUCAAAAAUGACAAGCCAGACAGGAAAGGGGAAGGCUGUAGAGGAUAUUUACCAGCGAAAAUCCCAGCUUGAGCACAUUCUCUUGCGCCCUGAUACCUACAUCGGAUCUGUGGAAUCUACAGCAACACCCAUGUGGGUUAUAGAAGACGGAAGAAUGGUCAAUCGAACAGUAUCAUUUGUCCCUGGAUUAUAUAAGAUCUUCGACGAGAUCUUAGUCAAUGCAGCUGACAAUAAGAUACGAGAUCCCUCAAUGGACACUAUAAAAGUGACUAUAAACAAGGAAGAGGGCCUUAUUAGCGUAAUGAACAAUGGACGAGGGAUUCCUGUUGUCAUGCAUGCGAAGGAGCAGGUGUAUGUUCCCGAGCUUAUUUUUGGGCAUCUGCUCACUUCAUCCAAUUACGACGAUGACGAAAAGAAAGUAACGGGUGGACGAAACGGUUAUGGUGCUAAGUUAUGCAACAUAUUUAGUACAGAAUUCAUCGUUGAGACCUCGGACAAGGAAUCUGGAAAAAAAUUCAAACAGGUUUUUAGUAACAAUAUGAGCCGGAAAACAACGCCCAAAAUCACAAAAGCGGCGAAUGUAGAUUUUACCAGGAUAACUUUCAAGCCAGAUCUUUCCAAAUUUGGGAUGACGGAGAUGGAUGAUGAUUUGAUUGCGGUCUUGAAAAGACGUGUGUACGAUCUAGCAGGCGUGGUUCGAAAUGCAAAAGUGUUCCUGAAUGAUGAGCGCAUAAAGAUCAAGAAUUUUAAAGAGUACGUAAAGCUCUACCUUGACAGCGUUUACGGGGAGUGUGGGAACAAGCCGACGGUUGUUUACGAGAAAGCCGAUGAACGCUGGGAGGUCUGCUUUGCUGUGAGCGACGGGCAAUUCCAACAGGUUAGCUUUGUCAAUAGCAUCUGCACAUCCAAAGGUGGCACCCAUGUGAACGCAGUGGCGGAUCAAAUUGCUCAGAAGUUGAAUGAGAUAAUCAAAAAGAAAAAUAAAGGACUGCCGCUGAAACCGCAUCAGAUCAAAAGUCAUAUGUGGCUUUUCAUCAAUUGUUUAAUCGAAAAUCCUAGCUUUGACUCCCAAACCAAAGAAAAUAUGACUUUGAAAUCAACGAAAUUCGGUUCGCGAUGUACGCUGAGCGAAGACUUCAUCAAAAAAGUGUCCAAAUCGGGAGUAGUAGACAAUAUAAUGGCCUUCGCCAAAGCAAAGCAGGCGGUUCAAUUGAAGCAAACGGAUGGUACCAAACGAGCGCGACUCUCAGGAAUUGCGAAAUUGGAUGACGCGAAUAACGCGGGCACAAAGUUUGGACAGAAGUGCACUCUGAUUCUUACUGAAGGAGACUCCGCGAAAGCAUUGGCAAUCAGCGGACUAAGUGUCGUAGGACGAGACAACUUCGGAGUAUUUCCUUUACGUGGAAAGCUAUUGAACGUGCGGGAAGCUACGCACAAACAGAUCAUGGAGAACGCUGAGAUCAACCACAUAAAACAGAUUCUUGGGCUGAAGUCAGAUAAGAGCUAUACAUCCACCGAGAGUCUCCGUUAUGGGCAUGUCAUGAUUAUGACGGACCAGGAUCAUGACGGUUCACAUAUUAAAGGUCUGAUUAUCAACUUAUUCGACCAUUUCUGGCCAAGUCUGCUGAAAGCUCCCGGCUUCCUGCUGCAAUUUAUUACGCCAAUCGUGAGGGUUACGAAGGGAAGUCGCGAAAUUAACUUCUACAACAUUCCGGAAUAUGAGCAAUGGAAGGAAGCAAAUAAUGAUGGAAGAGGGUGGACAAUAAAGUACUACAAGGGUUUGGGAACAAGCACGUCGGCCGAUGCUAAGAAGUACUUUGGGAAAAUGGAUGACCAUUUGAAACCGUUUGCCCAGGCAAACGAUGAUGAUCGGCAACAAAUAGAACUUGCGUUCAGCAAAAAACGGGCGGAUGACCGUAAGGAUUGGUUGAGCAACUUGACUUCGGGAACGUUUAUGGAUCACACAGUGGAUGAAAUACCAAUAUCAGAUUUCGUCAACAAAGAGCUUAUUUUGUUCUCCAUGGCGGACAAUGUACGAUCAAUCCCCUCGCUCGUAGACGGUUUUAAACCUGGUCAGAGGAAAAUCAUCUACUCCUGCUUCAAACGUAACCUUACCAAACAUGAAAUCAAGGUGGCUCAACUUGCAGGUUAUGUUUCGGAGCAUUCAGCGUAUCAUCAUGGCGAAGCUUCACUACAAUCAACUAUAAUUGGCCUGGCUCAAGAUUUUGUGGGAAGUAACAACGUGAAUUUGCUAGAGCCACGGGGUCAAUUUGGUACCCGGCUGCAGGGUGGGAAAGACCAUGCCCAUGCGCGUUAUAUUUUUACUAAACUGUCUAGUGUCGCCCGUCUGAUUUAUCACUCAUACGACGACAAUUUGUUGAGAUAUCAGAACGAGGAAAACAUGCGCAUUGAACCUGAAUGGUAUGUUCCUAUUUUGCCUAUGGUACUAGUCAAUGGAGCCGAGGGGAUUGGAACUGGCUGGAGCACGUCAAUUCCCAACUACAAUCCCCGCGACAUUGUGGAGAACCUGCGGCGUCGACUGGAUGGCGAAGAUUUCUCUCCGAUGCAUCCAUGGUAUAGGGGUUUUAAGGGCGCAAUAGAACGGCAGGGAGAUAAAUACAAAAUUUCUGGAACUAUAAAAAAACUUGACAGCACUACCUUGGAGAUCACCGAGCUGCCAUUGGGCUCUUGGACGCAAUCAUACAAGGAGUUUCUGGAGGGCCUUCUAUCUGGCACGGAGAAGAUACAACCCUCCAUCAAGGAUUACAAGGAGUAUCACACGGAUACUUCGGUACAUUUUGUAAUCAGCCUAACCGAAACUCAAAUGGCAAAAGCCGAAGAGGAAGGCCUGGAAAAGAAAUUCAAAAUGGCGACGAUGAAAUCAAUCAGUAACAUGGUUUUGUUCGACAAGGGAGGACGACUUAAGAAAUAUAAUACCAUCGAGGAAAUCAUGAAUGAAUUUUACGAGCUACGCUUGGAGUUCUACCAAAGGCGGAAGCAUUGGUUAGUGGGCCGCAUUCGGCGAGAGCUGACGAAAUUGGAAAAUCAAGUUCGUUUCGUGCUAGAAGUGAUCAGUGGCAACCUUGUCAUUCAGAACAAAAGGCGGACGAAUGUGAUAAAACUGCUCAAGGCGCAUCAAUAUGCACCUAUAUCCAAAACGAACGAGGGAAGUCUGGUGGAGCACGAUGACGAAGAAGAUACUGAAGACAAAGAGGCAGAAGAUUCAGAACGACAUGGUUAUAAUUACCUGCUCUCCAUGCCAAUUUGGAAUUUGACGCUAGAAAAGGUCCAAAAAAUGACUGAUGAUCGGGACAACAAGCAAAAAGAGCUUACUACCCUGCUCGCAACCUCCCCUAGCGAUCUCUGGAAAAUGGAUCUAUCGGCAUUCAUCGAGGAAUGGAAUCGCGUCGAAGUGGCGAUUGCAGAAGGUGCUGCAAAAAGCGCGUCCGCUGUAAGAAAAGCUCAACGAAAGGACAUCAGUGUCGAUACUGCUCGCAAGUCGAAAAAAAGAAGGCUGUUCUUUUCGACACCAGGAAAUGUUGACGUGGACGAUGAGCGUGAUCUGGAUUACAUGGAUCGGAAAGUACCGAAAACGGCAAAACCGGCCACUCCCCACACCACUCCUCACAUGCGAGCACUGCGGGACAAGGAGACCACUCAAAUCACUUCGAAGAAGGAGCCCAACUCCAGCCUUGACGCGCCUGGAGGAAAAGGUCAAGAGAAAGUGCUCACCGCCGCAUUGGCUCCUAGCAACGGCACCAAAUGGAAGACUGGGGCCGAAAAUAGAAGUAUUUCAACCGAAAAAGACGAACACAGCAUCAAGGACACUAAGCAGCCCGUCACCAGUGCAAAGUUGAAGCUGGAAGAAGCUCUCGACCCGUUUGCAUUUGAGGAUUUCUCCGGCCGAAAGAUAAUACCGAGGUCUCCGCCGGUACCAGGCAAGCAGAGAAAGAUAACAGAACUAUUUGGCGUUCCUGUUCAAUCCAACGUUAAAGGACCGUUAGAAUCGGACAAUCAGAUCGCAGAGAACAAACCAACGCGCAUUGGAACUACCAGGGUCAAGCGAAAAAGUGAAUCCUGCCCAACAGCGACCGCCAUUGCGACAAGCGUGUCGCAGAAAUCAGCUAAAAUUCGAAAGUUUAUUGACUUAGACGAGAGCGAUUUAGAGGAAAACUCAUUUGUCACCAAACCGAGAAAGACAAGCCAAGUCGGAAUGGAUCGAACAGGAAGGGUGCUGAGGUCACCAGAGAAGAAGGAAGACGUCAGCAGAUUCGACGGCAUCGACCAGACUAGAGACACAACUAAUCCGUCUGGAAAGCCUCGACGUCGCACAACAAAGUCCCUUCCAAUUGACAUUGUGAGUGAUGGUUCUGACGACACAGAUGUGGCCCUCAAGCCAAGCGCCACACUACAUAGUCGUGCAUCUACAGCUAGAAUAGCUUUGAGCUCCGAUGAUGAUUAUGUUCCAUAGCCGUUGCUUAGAUUUGCAAUUUUAAAUAGUUACAAGCGGCUCUCUUAGCACUUUGCACACUACUCUAUCUUCCAACGAGACUGUUCUUCCC